GAUCCCGAAUGUCUGAAAAUUCUUCGCUUGCGGAAACCGGAACUGGGCACUUCUUCAAAUUCGUACCCUUGGAUUAUUUGCCAUGCGCUAAAGUUGAACUGGAGAAUGCGAUGCGUAGGUCCGAAGAUAUUUUUCAGGGUGGGGAAAAACUUGACGGAAUAUUGUUUUAUCACAAACUGGGCGCCUACACAUCUGGCUAUACACCACUAGCUACUUGGCUGAAGCCUCACAUGUUGCCUGACAUAUUGAACGUAUCUGUCCCGGAAGAAUUCCUCAAGACUGAUGAAGCGAUGGAGGGAAAUCCUGAGUCGAUCCCGAUUUCAAGUUCUGACAUGGAAGUGGAUAAGAAUAAACGCUCGAAGAAAAUCAAGACUUCUACGAACAAGAAUUAUGAGAUGAAGGAUGCUGAUGAUAUUGGUGGGGGAGGGGCCGGGGGGGAGGGGCCGGGUGAAAAAGAGACGGUCAAUUUGGUGGACGCGAUGACGUUCCAGCCAAAUCUAGUGGUGCCAACCGUGCUAUGGGGUCAGCACGCCCCUACGCAUUGCCCCUCGGUUGUUACCAUUUCGAAGGACAUGAAGACCAUUGCUUCUGGUUCUCUGGAUGGACAAGUGAUACUCUGGGAAAUGGAUCCCAAGACAGUCAAGAUAACUCCGCGGUUGAUGUUGAUGGGACACAAUGCUCCUGUGCUGUGCUUCGCGUCGGCUAGUCACGGCAAAGACAUGAGUGCACUUAUAAGUGCUGCCGAAAAUGGGGAAAUGUGUCUAUGGGAUCUGCAAGGGGGACGAUGUGUGGAACACACAAAAUCGCCGAAUGUCCAUAUAAACUUCACUGGUUAUUACGUAACUGAAACAAAUGAUUAUUGGUUGUUGGCGAAUGGUUACUAUCCUGGUGUUCAAGUCAUCAAUCCGACGACAUUGCAGGUUCUAUUUACGUUGACAGCACGGAUAUCAGCUGAUUGGAUUAGUGCAUUGACGGUCGUCAAAUGGGCUGGGAAAAAU